UUUAGCCCUUAAAUUGGCUCCCAGCCGCCGUGACCUUGCGCCGGGGCUUGUUAGCAUGCUAACCAUAGCUAGCUGGGACCGUUCGUCCUACUAUCAACAAAGAGGAAACAACUGCCAGUUGUAGAGCAACAAACUGAGGACGUGUGGUCUUCUAAUGGGACAUUUGCUGUCUGUAUAUCAUUUAGAGCAAGAUGAGUAUGAUCACUAAUCAGUCUUUAUGAUUUUUAACGUCCCCCGCGUCGCACUUUUGUUUUUGUCCUAUGGAAUUAAAGUGGCGAUCCGUUGGGGUCAUGGAAAGAAAUUGUUUGUGGUCAAACCAUCUGACUAUUACGACAGGAGAUUCUUGCGUUUAUUGCAAUAUUACAUCCUGCUGACUGGUAUUCCAGUAGCUGUAUUUGUCACAGCUGUGAAUAUCUUCGUUGGUGAGGCAGAGCUUGCUGAGAUUCCUGAAGGCUAUGAACCUGAUUAUUGGGAGUACUACAAGCACCCCAUCACCAGGUGGAUUGUAAGGAACGUGUAUGAUUCCCCAGUGAAGGACUAUGAAAAAGUGAUGGCUGUAAUCCAAAUCGAAAAGGAAAAAGCCGACAUGAGACUGAAACAGCAGGAGGUGCGUCGACAUAUGAGACAGUCCGGAGAUGGACCCUGGUUCCACGUGCCAACGCUGGACAAGGGGCUAAUUGACAACAGCCACAAGUCAACACCUGACAAUUAGUGAAGUGUUAAUGGUACAUUGUGGAAAUCAGUCCAGCUGUUUGUAAAUUUAUCCCUUGUUCCUUUAAUAAAGUAUCUUUAUGUGGUCUAAUA